AAGGCAACUUGCGUGACUCCCGGGAGCGCGCACGUCCCGGAAACUACGCCUAUUGCUGACGCCGUAGUCGCGUUUGUCGUUCAGCUGAGGCUACGCGGCCGCAGUAGGGCCCGGGUCUGAGGAGUCGGACUCAUGUGGAAGCUGCUCCCGGCCGCGGGCUCGGCGGGAGGAGAACCGUACAGAUUUUUGACUGGUGUUGAGUACGUUGUUGGAAGGAAAAAUUGUGCCAUCCUAAUUGAAAAUGAUCCGUCCAUCAGUAGAAAUCAUGCUGUGUUAACUGCUAACUUUUCUGUAACCAAUCUGAGUCAAAUAGAUGAAAUCCCUAUAUUGAUGUUAAAGGAUAAUUCUAAGUAUGGGACCUUUGUUAAUGAGGAAAAAAUGCAGAAUGACUUUUCCCGAACUUUGAAGACAGGCGAUAGCAUUACCUUUGGAGUAUUUGAAAGUAAAUUCAGAAUAGAGUAUGAGCCUAUGGUUGUGUGCUCUUCUUGUUUAGAUGUCUCUGGGAAAACUGCUUUAAAUCAAGCUAUAUUGCAACUUGGAGGACUUACUGUAAACAAUUGGACAGAAGAAUGUACUCACUUGGUCAUGAUAUCAGUUAAAGUUACCAUUAAAACAAUAUGUGCACUCAUUUGUGGACGUCCAAUUGUAAAGCCAGAAUAUUUUACUGAAUUUCUCAAAGCUGUUCAGUCCAAGAAACAGCCUCCACAAAUUGAAAGUUUUUACCCUCCUCUUGAUGAACCAUCUAUUGGAAAUAAAGAUAUUGAUCUCUCAGGACGACUGGAAAGAAAACAAAUCUUCAAAGGGAAAACAUUUGUAUUUUUGAAUGCCAAACAGCAUAAGAAACUAAGUUCAGCAGUAGUAUUUGGAGGUGGAGAAGCUAGGCUAAUUACAGAAGAAAAUGAAGAGGAAGAUAGUUUCUUUUCAGCUCCUGGAACUUGUGUUGUUGAUAUGGGAAUGACAAACUCACAGAUCUUAAUUCCUGACUCUCAAAAAAAAUGGAUUCGUUCAAUAAUGGAUGUACUCCAAAGGCAAGGCCUUAGACCUAUUCCUGAAGCAGAAAUUGGGUUGGCAGUUAUUUUCAUGACUACAGAGAACUACUGUGAUCCUCAAGGCCAGCCCAGCACAGGAUUAAAGACAACAACUCCAGGACCAAGCCUUUCACAAGGCUUGUCAGUCAAUGAAAAUCUAAUGCCAACAGCCCUAGUGAACACUACAAUGAACGUACCUGACACAGAAUCAGAGCAAGUAGAUACAUGUAUGAAUUUGAGUGAAAGACCAAAAGAAAUACAAAUUUCUAGACUGGAACAAAACUUCAGAAUGCUUUCACAAAAAGUAUCUACUAUGAAGGAAGCUCCCAAAACAAGCUCUAGUAAUAGUAUAGUAUCAAAUAGCCUGGAUAAGGUAAAAAUUUCGAGCUAUCAGCUUUCACCAACUAAAUUCCCAGAUACAAAUAAAAGCAGAGGUCGGGCUUCUCAGCAACAGCAGAUCAACUCCAUCAAAAACUAUUUUCAGCCAUGUACAAAAAAAAGGGAAAGGGAUGAAGAAAAUCAAGAAACGUCUUCAUGCAAAUCAGCACGAAUAGAAAUGUCUUGUUCUCUUUUAGAACAAACACAACCUGCUACACCCUUAGUAUGGAAAACUAAGGAGCAACAUCUAUCUCAUAAUGUGCCUGUGGACAAAAAAUCAGAUGACUUAUUUACAGUUACAGAUUUAAAACCCAAUGUGAAGAAUCAUGCCAAUAAAUCUCUUUCAACAGAAACAUUAAGAUCAAGUAAAAGAAAAGAAAUGGAUGAUUUAGCCAUAGAAGAUGAAGCAUUAGAACAGUUACUCAAGAACAUAAAACCAGAGUUAGAAAUUGAUGUGAAAGUUCAAAAACAAGAGGAAGAUAUCAAUAUUAGAAAAAGGCCAAGGAAGGAUAUAGAAACAGAUGAUACUCGUAAUGAUGAAACAAUAUCAGAAAGUAACAUAAUAUCUCAAGAAAAUGAAAUUGGGAAGAAAUAUGGACACAAGAAAGAAUCACUAUGGUCAUCUAAAGAGGAAGUAUCUAACAAUGAUGAACUUUGGAAUGAUAGUGAGAUGCUUCCAAGAAAGGUGUUAUUGACUGAAUUUAGAUCACUGGUGGUUAAAAACUCUACUUCCAGAAAUUUGUCUGGUGUAAAUAAUGAUUAUGGUCACCUAAAGAAUUUCAAGAAAUUCAAAAAGGUCACAUAUCCUGGAGCAGGAAAACUUCCACACAUCAUUGGAGGAUCAGAUUUAAUAGCUCAUCAUGCUCGAAAGAAUACAGAAUUAGAAGAGUGGUUAAGGCAGGAAAUGGAGGUACAAAAUCAACACGCAAAAGAAGAGUCUCUUGCUGAUGAUCUCUUUAGAUAUAAUCCUAAUGUAAAAAGGAGAAGAUAACUGAGGAUUUAAAAAGAAGCCAUGGAAAAACAUUUUGUAUCUAACAUUUACUUCAGGCUAACUGGGAUACAUGAAUAUGUUACAAAUAUUUUAUGCCCUAAAUUUGUUAAAUAAAAUGCAUAAAACUUGUUUAUUUUGUGUGU